AUGACAGAACCCUUCCGCCUAACGGCGUCGCAAGCGCAAGCCAAGUUCAACGAUGGUUCCCUAACUGUCGAAGAAUACGCCAAAUCACUACUCUCACGCGUCGAAGCGCGUGAUGCUGCCGUUCAUGCUUGGGCAUAUCUCAGUCCAGAACUCGUAAUUCGACGUGCACGCGAACUCGACCAAACGCCGCCCGAGAAGAGGGGACCACUCCAUGGAGUUGCAGUAGGGGUCAAAGAUGUGAUCCUCACAAACGACAUGCCGACGCAGUACAACUCCCCAAUCUACGAGGAUGAUGCACCCAUGAUCGAUGCGGGUAGCGUUGCAGUGUUGAGGGCAAAUGGAGCACUGAUCUUCGGUAAGACCACGACCACCGAGUUUGCAGCGACCUCUGUCGGUCCUUCACACAAAGGUCCCAAGACCGCGAACCCUCACGAUCCCUCUCGCACACCUGGCGGCUCAUCCUCAGGCUCAGGGGCGGCUGUAGGCGACUUCCAGGUCCCCAUCGGUCUUGGAACACAAACGGUGGGGAGUACAAUACGUCCAGGCUCAUUCAAUGGCAUCUAUGCUAUGAAACCGACAUGGAAUUCGAUUUCGCGGGAAGGUCAAAAGCUAUACUCGUUGAUUUUCGAUACACUGGGCCUGUAUGCAAGAAGUGUAGACGACCUCAAGUUACUCCUCGAUGCAUUCCAGCUCGUGGACGAUGAACCUGAGGAAAAUUUUCAAGUCAACGGCGCGGAAUUUGCAUUGCUCACGCUGCCUACUCCCGAAUGGCCAGAGCCUGGCCCAGGCACCACCGCCGCUCUUAAGAAGGGUGCUGAGCUUCUCCGCAAACACGGUGCAAACGUCGAAGAAAUCACCUUGGAUGAUUCGCUUCGACCAAUGUACAAAUACCAUCUUCAAGUCCUCUCUGGCGACGGACGGGUCGCGUUUCUACCGGAUUAUUACGCCGCGAAGGACCAGUUGCACUACACCCUUGUUGACCACGUAGAGAAUCGCCACAAGCUUUCACGCAAAGAUCAGCUCAAAGCUUUCGACGAGCUUGCAGCCAUGAGACCGAAGCUGGACGCGCUGGCGGACAGAUAUGCUGCGAUCAUUGCACCGAGUGUGAUUGAUGAAGCGCCGAUAGGACAUGGGAAUACAGGUGACGCGGCAUUUUGUGGGCCUUGGACUGCUAUGCAUAUGCCAGUUGUCAAUAUCCCGGGCUUUCGAGGCGAAAACGGGAUGCCUGUGGGGUUGAGUGUUGUGAGUAGUCGGUAUAGAGACCAGCACCUACUGAGAGUGUGUAGAGAGGUCGGAAAGAUUUUCGAGUUAGAAGGUGGGUGGAAGGGGGAGCUAUAA